AUGUCAAAAAAUAGCGAAAAUGAUCUACCAUAUAGUCGAAAUAUUUAUAAUGAGCCCUUAAGUAAUUUAAAGAAGUUAUGCCUAAAUUAUAGAAGCACAUGUUCUGUAAAAGAUAUUGAUAGAUUAAGGAUAUCUGUUUUACAAAAAACUCUACUUGAUUCCAUUUUGUCAUUGGAAAUUUCUCGUGCUAUACUACUUUUAAAGAUUAUCGGGAGACGGAUGUGCAUGAUUCAGACAUUAAGACAGAUGGUUUUUCAUAUUAAGAGUUUUGUAAUAUAUACACUUGAAAGAGAUUUUAGAUAUAGUGAUCAGUUAGAAAAAGAUGAUUUAAUAUCACUAUAUAAUUGGUUAUGUAAAUUAUAUGGAUAA